CUCCAGCCUGAGCCUGCCCCUGCCACUCGACGUGCCCUCCCUGCUCUCCCAUCCCUCCUUCCUCAUCACCACUGGAUCCAGCACUGGCUACAGCAUGGUCCCCUCCCCACCCUCCUACCACAAGCUGCUGGUUCCCCACCACCCCAUCCCUGCUGCACACAGGGAUGACCCAAUGUCCUCCACCUCUGCCAGCCACGCCUCACCACUGGCCACCUUCCACACCAGCAUUGCACCUCUUGGCCAAAGUGGGCCUGCACCUGAUGCCUCCAACAGCCCAACACCCUCCUCAUGUCAUGGUGGCAGCGGUGUUGGCCUCGUGCUCUUUGGCGCAGGGCUUGUGAGCAAAGCCUUGUUGCAAAGCCUGCUGCAGGAAGCGAGCUGCUGCCUGCUGUACGUGGUGGAGGAUCAGCCAGAGGAGCUGGAACGAGCUUUUGGCGCCGAGGUCCCAGCUGGCAUCAAGGUGCUGCAGCAGCAGGAUGCUGCCAUUGCACUCAGCGAUCCACGAGUCUCUGGAGCCAUUAUUUGUUCCCCACCUGAUGAAGCCCCUGAGAUGGUAAGAGAUGCCUUACGAGCAGGUAAAGGUGUGUUCUGCCAGGGGUUGCCCAGCUUGGACAGACAGACAGCAGAAACCUGUUUCGAUGAGGCCGACAGGUGUGGGAGGCCACUCGUGUGUGGGUUCUACAAAUGGUUUCACCUCAUUCCUUGUUUCCUUGGAAGGCACUUUGACCCAGCCCUGCAGCUCCUGUACAAGAAGGUGCGGGACAGCCGGGCUCUGGGCAGGAUCCACCGGAUAUCCACCAUCAGCAGCCUCUAUCCAGCAGCCUCUCUGAGCCAGCUGAAAGCCUCAGGUGGAAUUUUUUACAACGCUGCAGUGCAUGACAUAGAUAUUAUCAGUUUGUUGUUGGGAGAGAGUGUGCCAGAUAUAAUAUUUUCCCUGGGCCACGCCUUCUGUGCAGACAUGGGCUGCCUGGGGGACAUGGACACGGUCGCCAUCAGCAUGAAGUUCCCCAGCGGAGCCAUUGUCACUCUGGACAUCAGCCAGCACUGCACCAGGAGCUGUGACCAGCGGCUGGAGGUUCACGGGUCUCAAGGGACAUUAAGGGUGGAUAACCAGAACCCCUUGGGCAUCACAGAGCAUGGGACUUCUGUGUCCAUCUGUCCCCAGACCCAAGCUGAGCGCUACAGAGAUGCAUACAGGGAGCUCUUCCGGCACUUCCUGAGAACCCUGAAAGGCCAGGAGCCCCCUGUGGUCACCAAGGAGCAGUUCCUCUCGACAAUCCAGGUCGCUGCAGCAGCUGAGCAGUCCUGGAGGAGCAGAUCUGCCGUGGAUUUGCACAGCAGUGCCACGGAUGCAGCUGGAGCCAAGGCUGAGCUCGUGUGACAACCACUCAGCUGGGACACAGGGAGGACUUCCCACCCAGUGGCCUCUACAGAAGCCUGAAGGGCAGUUUCCCAUUCCACUGGGAAUGCCCAGCAGACAGAGGCACUUCUGAACCAGGAGCACACGGUGCUGGGGCAGUACAGAGUUCCUACCACAUCAGCCAGAGCCUGCAAGAAAUUCCGUGUGGUUUCAUCCAGGUGGCUUUUCCUCCUGGAGGGUGCUGCUGGCCAUGGGGCUCUGUUUUCCUGUGAGAAUAGUGGUGUUCCUUGGGCCAGGCAGGGUGAUGUAGGACCAGCAAUAGCUGGGAUGAGGGAGAAAUCUCCCCUUGGAGAGGAAAGAGCCACUGCCUGCCUGGAGAAGUCACAAGCAGGUGCCUUCCCAGCAGUGCUACAAGUGAGGUGAUAUAAUGCUCAAAAACCAGGAGCAUCUGGUCUGGGAGUAUGUUUACAUUAGAUAUAUGGAAGAAAUUCUUCCCUUUGAGGAUGGUGAGGGGCUGGCAUGGAUAUCCC